AUGGCUCAACCCAACAACAGGCCACUAAGCCCAACCCACCUGCUUCAUCUCGGGGCUCGGGCUUUCUCGGCCAUGGAGGCCACAAGCAAUCAGGAGGCGGUGAGAUGCGGAGGCGCAGGCGAUGGCGAUGGCGAUGUCGACGGCGACGAUGAGGCGAAGAGGAAGGAGGCGGCGCUUGCAUCAAGCAGGCUCCUCGACCCGGGGUUCAAGCCCUCCAAACUAUCCCAGGACCGGCUCGACAAGUUUAAGGUGCCCUUCUGGCUUCUGGUGCUGCAUUUCUCCAAACGUUCGAUAGUGAUCUUUUGCUGCUCCUGA